AUGGCUUGGUGGCUUUUUCUUACAAAAUGUCUAAUCCCUUGUUUAAGGAAGAAAUGUGUGGAUAGUAGCAAAUCAAAUGAAAGUAAAUGGGAGAAACAAUCCGCUGGUAAUGUACCCAAAAAAGCCUUUGUUGGAGGCAGACAAUCGCAGGAAAAUAUAUUUAUAGUUCGCGUAAAGCGUAGCGGUAAAUUCAUUCCUGGUCAACUGAGACCAAGCCAAAAAGAGGCAAUCAUUGCAUAUAAGUCUUGUGCAAUACGAACACCUAAUUACCAAGUAUUUUGUGACAAGGAUGUCAAAUGGAAAUGGAUUAAUUUGAAAUCGGAUAAAAUACCAGAAAAAGCAAUUACUGCUGGGAAACGAAAGAAAAAUGAUAAAAAAAAUAUUUAUAUUGGGCGUGUUAACAUAAGCCAUAAUGCUGUACUUAUUGGAAGAAUAGAUGCUGAACGAGAAUUGUUGUUUGUACCCUACCAGGAAAAGGAAGUUGAGUAUAGAAGAUGUGAAAUAUUAUUACAGAAGUAA